AUGAAAAACGAUGACUCGACCUGGUGGGUUGAUGUUGUUGGGCAAGGACGUGACCAAAAGGGAUCCCAGGAGCGGGAUCUCCGAACAAGUCGGCCUCGUCAUCGACUCCGCCACCACCAACAGCGCCCAGGCGGCCCUCAUCGCCAAGUUUGACUCUUUUUCCGGGCAUUUCCAUUUGAUCAAUAGCUUUUUUUCGCACGAAAAACUUUUUGGUGGAACAAAAAUCCAUUGAAAAAGCCUUGAAGUAUUUUCGCAGAAGUUUCGAAAUAUCGAUUUUAAGGAAUUUGUUAUUAAGUCUUUCUUCUUAUAUAGCCGAUUCACGGCUAACUUGGGACGAUGAGGGGCGUGGCGUGUUUGCGCUCUCCACCAACCAGGCACUAUCUCUUUUCUUAUCGUGUCGGGACCCAUUUUUCGAUGGCUCAAGUCAGCCUGAAUCAGCUAUAGUUCCUUUUUUCCGAUCUGAAAGUCGAGAAGGAUUUAUUGAGAAGGAUUAAGCGCUGCGUGUGCGACGCGGCUUGUUGGCAGGAAACUCGAGAUCAAAUUUAAUCAUUGAAAAAUGUAAAAAUAAAUAUUUAUUCGCAGACUUGUACUGUGCCAUUUAGGUUCAGACUAAAAAAGAAAAAUAAAAGCGAUAUGACACUUUUAAUUAACUUUAUCCUUCUUCCGUUCAACCGAAUUUUCUCAAGCCCAUAAAAAUUACAAUUUGUUGAAAACUGUCGAAAAAGAAGAAAAAAAGUUGGCUCGUGUUUGACCUCGAGAUCCUCGCCAAAAGCCGCGUCGCACACGCAACGCGUCACUCUUGUCAAUCAGUCCAUCUCGUCUUUCAAGUCGAGAAGGAUUUACUAUAUCCAAUUUCAUUUUUUCAACUGUUCUAGGCUUGAACGAGUUUGGACGGAAGCAGAACGACAGGAACUGUAUGAUUCCUUCGGAGGCAAGAAAAAGAAGGGCGUGCCGAACAGCGGCAUCAAAAAGCUCCUGUCGGCCUUGGAGGUUCUGAAAAAAGUCCAUCAACUCGAAAAAUAAUCUUUAAGGAGGAAAAUACGGACGCGAUGAUGUUGCUGCUCUGCCGGAUAGUUACAACGCUUUUCGAAGUCGUCAAACAGGAAGGUUCGUCUGAGAAUGAUUGAUCCCCAGAAUCAUCUCUGACUCUCCGAAAUUCAGUUAUCUUUUUCAUCCUCUGACUGCUACUUUGAACUUCGCGGAAUCAGUUUGAAAAAAGCAUGAGAAAAAAAAUUUAAUAUUCGGGUGUUUAGUCUGAAUACUGAAUAAAUUGAAUAAGACCGAAUAAAUUGAAAUUGAAAUCGGGUGUUUAGGCCGAGAUUUCUUGAGAUUCACAGGUUUCCUCAUUUGAUCAAAUGCUAGAAGUUUUUUUUUUUAGUAUCUGGCCGGAAUUUUCUAUUAAAGCUUUGCUGAAUUUUAUUUUCUGAUCAAAAAACAAAAAAGUUUUCGUAAUUUGGAUCCUUUUUCUUGGAUUUAUGCCAAAUUUUUUGAAAGUUCCAGAUUUUCCUGAAAGUUGCUGAUCUUUCAAAAUUCUCAAAAGCACAAAAAAACGCGUUUUUUUAAGCUUUUUGAAGCGUCAAAAGUUGAGUUGCAGUUUUUUUUUUCUUGUUCCAGUUUUAAGAGUUUUCGAGUGAAUUUCUCGUAUAUUUAAAAAUCAAGUUUAAUAUAAUUAAUUCUCUCUCAAAAAACUCUCUUUCUACGAGAUUUUCUCAUUUUUCUUGGUUCCUGAUUUUCCAAGAAUUGGUUUUCAGAUAAUUAAGGUAGGAAAUGAAUGGAUUUUUUUGCUAUAAUUUUUACUUGGAAAACAUUAUAUUGCUUUCUUUUUCUGGAUUUCUUUAAAGUGGUUUCAAGCUUUUUAACAGCAUAAAAGAUUAAUUUCAGCCCUAUUUGAACUAAUUAUCAAUCCAGUUAUCUUCAAUUUUGUCACCACCACUUUACAGUUGUUCAGAAAGUUUUAAAAUGAAUAAAAGUCCAAACUUUUAAUGCAGAUCCUUUGAGAGAUGACUAUAGCUCGUUUAGAGAACAUUUUCAGGCGAUAAGAAAAAAGAACGGGGUCUGAUCAAAUCGGACGUCGUUUCUACGUUGGUCCGGGUGAUACGGGCUCGGUUGCAUCGGAUUUCGGCCUGGGAAAAUGCGGAAAGAACCGUGGAUCCCGUCCUGUUCCAGAUGCUCUACGAUAUCGGUGCUAAAAGGUACCCGGAUUUCCAUUUUUUUGUCGAUAAUUGGGGCAAUUUUUCUUUCAUUACUGUUUCUGGUAUCCUCCAAAUCUCAAUUCUACUUUUUUUAAUUAUUUUUUUACGAACACUCUGUAGGUUUUUUUGGGCUGAAUAAUCCCAUUAAUGAUCAGUCAGGGGCGUGGCCAACCAAUCAAAAUCAUAGUUCAUUAGAAAAUUUUAUAUUUUUAUUUUUUUGGAAAAAGUGUGAAAUAAAUAUAUUUAUAAAAAAACCAAUUUUUACGUUUUUUUCUAGACAACCGCCUAUGCUUGAAAGUCCGUGUCGGAGGCCUGCUGAACGUUUUCAGCCGAAUUUUCUGCAAUUCCAAGCUCGAACAACUUCCCCGAAUCUACUACCGUUUAUUCAUCACUUUCCUGCGAUCCCGUUAGUAUAAAAAGAGAUUUUUGGGAUUUUUGAAUAAACCACAGAGGAGCAGCAAAUUAAAAAAAAAUUGUGUUUUUUGUCUUUUUGAAUGAAAAAACUUUGAAGUUUGGCAUAUGAAGUCAUCGAUUUCCCUUCGAACUCUUGAAAACCUUUUUUGCAGCUCGAAACGCUCAAUGGAUGGGUCGUCAAAAAGCGAUGAUGACCAAAUUAUUGUCGAGUAUCACGGUUUUGGGACGUUCCGAAUCAAGCGCCGCUCUUCUGGAUCAACACCUCCAAAUUCUUUAUCUCUUGGCUAAAAAUCGGGAGUUUUUUUCUGUUUUUUGGGAUAGAAAAGUAGCAUUGAAAUGUCUUGAAACUGUACAAAAACGUUGGAAAUCUCACGAAAAGCAAAAUUAAAAGAAAUUAAAGUUCAGAGGGAUCCUAAAAAUCGAUUUAUACAUCAAAAUGAAAAUUAUUCUUCACUAUUGAUCGUUGUUUUUGAAGUUAUUUUAGCCGUUCCUUUUCCUAAAAAAUAACUUUUUUUUCGAUUUUCAGGAAGAACAAGACUCCAACUGAUGAAAGACGGUGUCGUCAAAGUCGCGAUCGAGAUUUUGUCGACAUUUCUGGCGGCUCAACACACGAUUUGCGCCCGAUUCUUCUCCGGCGGCUUUUUCGGAUCCUCGGAUUCGGAUCAAAUUCGCUCCGCCCAACUCGACGUCAUCAUUGGGACUAUCGCCCUUCUGAAGACUCUUGCCAAUAAUCGUUCGUUUUUGAGUUUCUUCGGUGAAAAUAGGGCUGUUUUAAGCAUAAUUUCCCUCCUAUCAUAAUUAUAAGCGAACGCACGUAUCGUCCCAAAUUCCUUAAAUUUAAUUAAAUUUUUCAGGGAAAGCCCGUGAUGAAAUGGUGACACUCGGAGCACUGACGAUCUGCGAGAAAGAGCUCAAAAAUUCGGGCGAAAAAGAGGAAAACGACAAGAGAAAGAUCAAAAUCCAGGUUUUCUGCCUGAGUCUGAACUUUGGAAUCGUCUGUGCUGACCUCAGGAUGGUCUGUGCUCCCUAAGCAUGAGAUGUCUGCCGAGCUCUCAGCUCCCUCUCGAAAACGUCAAGUCGCCCGUCGGAUUCUCCCUUCCGGCCACCUGCAACUUGCCCAGAGACAGCUCGUUUGACGACAUUCGGAGCAGUGGCGAGUUUCUUUCUUUUCCUAAUCUCAGACCAGGCAAAAAAAAUAUUUGUAUAGUCUGUUCAAAUUUUGAAAGUCGAGUUGUCGCUCAAGCUCCGCCCCAAUAGCGCUAUGAACCAAUCAGAGAGCGAGCCAACCACAGCGCGUUUUCGAAUGACGUCAUUGCACUUGACGUCCAAUGCCGUGUUAAAAGUGAUUGAGCGAAAUUCAAAAUAGCCGUUAGAGAAGGAAAAAUAUAACUGUAAUUUUGAGGUUCAGAGAUGGUUUUGAAUUCUCCUGAAAUUACUUCGAAAACGGCGUUAAAUCUGAACAGACUAGAAUGACAGGUCAAUUAAAAAAAUCAUAUGUAAAAAGUAAGUAUUAAAAAGUCAUUUUUUUAGGCAAUAGGUCUAAUUUGCCAGGGCUUAUUGUUUCAAUUUUUUUAUAAUUUUUUUAGUAAGGCCUAUAAAAAAAUAGAAUUUGUUUUGAAACCGCUUUAUGGCAAAAAUCUUGAAAAAUUUUUUUAUUUUUUUCAUGGAAUUUAUUUUUUUUUUUUAAAUUAUACAUUGAAAAUGUUUGAUUCCGUCGUUUUUUUAAAAUUAAAAACCCCCUGAGCCAUUUUGCAGCAUUCAAGUUUUCCCUACACAAAUCUCAUGGAUAGACUUUUUUACCUCACUCUUUGACUCCAUUCUAUUUUUUCGUCCGAGUCCAUCGGGAAGUAUCUUUUUUUCCUUAGUUUAAAGUAACAGCAGUUGAAAGUUGUGACUAUCGGGCAAGGAUCACCAAAACAAAUUGGAAAUAAAAAAAGAAGGGAAGAGAAGAAUGAAGUGUACAGAUGAUGAACGGGUCGAGGAUGACGAGGACUUCAACAACUCCACGUCGAUGAUCGAACAAAUCGACGACGACGAGGAGGAGAAGGUUCGUUUCGAGAAGGUUUCAAGACCAUAACGAAAAUUUAAAAAAUGCAUUUUUUUUUUUGCUCAUAAGUUUUAUUAGUGAGGCAUUUUAGUAGAAUUUUUUUUGUUGUAGAACACGAUUUCUAGAAUUUUUUUUGAAUAAACAGAAUAUAAUAACUCGGCUAAAUUUUGAGGUACGGUAACUCAAAGGAUUACGGUAAAAAAACCUUCGAAAAUUCAUAUUCAAGAUCAAAGCCUCUUUGUGGCUCAGAAUAGAUGAAAAGUAUAUUUCAAUUAUUUGAGACGUCUUUUUUCUUUUUAUAAGAUUAAGUACCGAAGGCAAGUUUAAAAUUUAUAUCUUUCUCUUGUUCUAAAAAUCUAGCCUUCCGACUUCAGGAGAAGGAAGUCGAGGACGAUGAAGAAGAAAAAGAGCCGCCUCUUCCGAAAUUAUCGAAACUCCCGCCGGCGAAACUCGCCCGCUACGCGCCGAUUUUCACGGAGUUCCAACUCGGAUGCUCCCGGGCGUCGACUUCUUCAGAAAGUCUAGAAAGUAUGAGAUACCUUUACGAACAGGCACACAAGGUUUCGAUACCGUAAUCUGCAGAAAAAGGAAUUUUCCUCAGGCGACACAUUUCGUCAUCCCGAUUGCUCGAUGGGUUCCUGGUGAGCUUUUGGCCGGUCUGGAACCUCGCCAGAAGAUCGGACCCUCGAGGAGUAUACUUAAGUGAGUACUCCGCCACUUGAAUGUCUCUGGUCGCAUUUGGAAUGGAUCAAAGCAUCUUUUUCGGCGUGUCAAAUUCGUUUCCAGUCGGCUGUAAUUUUUAAAAUAAAACCGCGGGGCGUUGAGCCAUUCCCCGAGCGACCAAAAUAAUUAUAAUCUCUAUGAACCUUAUUUAUUCCUUUUUUCUUCAAAUUGUUUAAGCUGUUUACCUGUUCAGACCGGCUAAUUUGCGACGCCUGCCAAAGAAAAAAAGAAAAAUCCUUCUCUCGAGAUAUCGAUCGAUAAAAACCAUUUCUGAAAGGCUUUUUUUCUUUUCUCAUUUUUCCUUCUGGGUAUGUGACAGAGAAGCUGGCAGAAAAAAAUGAUGAAAUAUAUUAUUUUUAAUGAGAAAAGGUUGAUUCUUUCGGAAUUUUUUUUUCUUAAGACUGUCACAAGGAAAAUAUAAUUUUGAACUUUUUGAUCAGGUUUCUUUCCUUUGUUCUAUGAAUUUCAGACCGCGGAAUUUUUUUUUCCUCAGAAAGUUAGAUUUUUAUUAUGAGUAGUAAUUAUUGAUUUCCUGGGUCAAAUUUUAAGCGGAUUUACAGUUUUUAUGAGGCUUUAAUAAAGAAGUACACGAUCAGCAGAACUCGGUCGUUUUCUUUGUAGAAAUUCAUUUUUGGCAAGUUAUAAAUUGCGACCACCUAUAAAAUGACCAUUCUUUUUCUCCGUCGCAAAUAAAUAAAUACCGGGCGUUUCUUAUUCUUAAAUUUUUUCCAGCUUUUUUAACCCCUUUUUAAGUUUUUGAAUUUUUAUUAUAUUCAUAAAAUCUUUCUUUUGAAAAAAAACGACGAUAUGAGAAAUUCAUCAUAAUGAACUUUUUUUCAUUCCUUAGAAAAUUAAUCUUUUUAUUAUAAUUUUUUUCUACAGUUUAUGGAUCUUUAUUACACCAAGGAGCAAGAGAAAAAAAGUUUUAUCUUUAUUUAAAAGAUUAAUUGAAAAAAAUAAUCGUUUUUUUAAACGUCCGCACUCUAUAGAAUGGUAUUUUUAUGAUUUCUGUAAAUUUCUCUAAUUUCAUGUUUCCUUGCCUUUUUUUCUGUUAUUUUUUUCUUAUUCCUCUCAUCUCCAGGAGUAAUUAUAUAUCUUCUAAUCUGUUAUUUUCAGAGCGAUUGUGGUAGAAACGAUCGCAAAAAGCAGAAGUGGAAACAGUUUCCAGCCUGUGAUCGUGUACAAUUUGGACUUGUUGACGUGUUCCGAACCGCGGCUGCAAGUUUCCGAAGAUCCUCCUCUGGGCGAAGUAGAUCCGUCGCUUCCCCUGGCCUUUGAGAGCCGAUUCGAGAGUGGAAACUUGAGAUUGGUCACUCAGGUUUUUGGCCUGGUAGUUUACAAGAAAAGGAGUUUUUUUGAGGUGGCGCCAUUUCUUUAUGAGCUCCUCCUUUCGCCGGACAUCAACGAAAGGACCGACCAUUUUCAGUGGUUCUAUUUUGAGGUCAGGGGUCAAUGUUCAUUUUUAUCAUUUUGUCGAUUCCACCAAAAAGGAGGCAAGAAGAAUGAAACUUUUUAAUUUAUUCGAUAUUCGAAUUUUUUUGCGGCUCAAAAAAAUUUAUUGAUCGCGGUUUCAAGAAACCUAUUUUAAAAAAAAUAAAAAAAGUUUUUUUGUUCUAUUGUUUGCAGAAUUUCGAAGAGUUGGUUUAGUAAAAACAUUAUUAUAAAAUUUAGUAAAUAUGAAAUAAAUAUAACUUAUUAGGAAUCGACUAUUUUUGUUUUGAAAUCACUUUUCGCUUUUUUUGUUCAGGUCUCGAAUAUCAUGAAAGAUGUCACCUACACGUUUGAGAUUAUCAACGAGAUGAAGGAGUCUUCGAUGUACCGAGAAGGUAUUUUUGAUUCCGAGUUUGAGCACAAUGGAUCUUCAAACUUGAAAAAUGUUGGCUUUUUAGAAAAUUUUUUAGUUUCAUUUAUUAGAUUUAAUUUCUAGAGGAAAUAAGAUGGUUUCAUUUAUUUUCAGUUAGGUCUCAAUAGCGCGAUUUCUUAAAAUCAAGAAAAAAAAAAUCAAAGUUGUUCAUAUAUUUAAUGGUGAAGCUUGGGCAAAUCAAUCAAUCAAUUCACCUUUGUUUUGUUGUUUCAACGAGGAACAAUUUCGUUUCAUUUUUUAAAAUCUCAUUGAUUAUUUCGGACCAACCGUUGCUCAGAAUCGUUUUGAAGUGAAAGUGGCCACUUAAGGUAUGCAACCGGUGAUGCUGUCCCUGAUGGAAGCCGAGAAAGAAGCCGGCGGCUGGCGUCGUGUCGGCGAAAACGUCUGCUACUACCGCAACGGCUACAAGAGCUCGCAGAUCGACGAACAGACCGGCGAGGAGAGGAAGAAACGGAACUACUCCUCGCUGCGGUUCGACGUCAAGUUCCGGCAUUCGGGCGACGUCUGCUACUUCGCCUACCAUUUCCCCUACUCCUACUCAUUCCUCAAUGUAAGGGAUUUCGAAAGCCACUGGAAUUUAGGUUUUCAUCAAAGUUGCCCUACUCUUUUCUCAAUCUCGAACCGGACGUCUCUGAGCACUUCUAGUGACCACUUUAGCGGCAUGAAAACUCUUAAGUGAUCUCUAGGAUUGCCCAGAAAUGUCCAAGGCGCAUCCAGUUUCCGAGAUGAAGACACUUCGAAGUUUCAGUAAAAAAUUAGGGUUCGACAUUAACAAUGUCAAGUAGAAAAAUGAAAAGGAAUCAUUUUAUUUUUAUUUGGCUUUCAACGAUGUCUUGAAGGCGAGCCUGAGGAUUUUGCUGGCCAGAGCGUCGGUCCUGAACGUGUUCGUGAGAGAAGAUGUGAUGGGUCUGUCGCUCUCCGGAAACCCACUGAAGAUUCUGACAAUCACGGCGCCUGGAAGUGCGGAAGACGUGGCCGCGCGGUCUGUGGCCGUCAUCAGUGCUAGAGUUCAUCCCGGGGAGAGCAACUCCAGCUGGAUGAUGCAUGGUGAAGAUCAUUGUCUUGGAUAAACUUAUUUGAUGAUAAAGGGAGUUGUUAGACUUAAAGUUAGUGAAAUUAAAAAAAGUUUGAAUUUUAAAAUUUGGAUAUCAGGUAAAGCGUGGGUCAGCAACUAAUUAAAAUAUCCUCAUAGUUUUCACUUUUUUUUUUUCAGUUUCGUAGUCAAAAACCAAUAGUAACAAUCACCAGGUCUGCUGGAAUAUCUGACGACAUCGACGAGCGAUAUCGCGAACUCGGUCCGCAAUCAGUUCGUCUUCAAAAUCAUGCCGAUGUUGAAUCCAGACGGCGUCGUCAACGGAAGUCAUCGCUGUUCUUUGGCUGGCGUUGAUUUGAAUCGGUGUGAAAUUAGAUUUCCAGGCUUAAAAAUAUUUUUUUGUAUUCUAGAACCUGGGACAGGCCGGAUGAGAUCACCAAUCCGGAGAUUUUCCACGCGAAAGGCGUUAUUCAGUAUUUGGUUGGUUAUGAAACAUAAAAAUUGCACUUUUUUUCAAAACUUGGCCCUGAAAAUUCUUUGAAUUAUCAGGAAAAAAAAUCCGAAAAAUUUUCUGAAAUUCUGUUUUGGAAGAAAAAGGCUUGAAAAAUGAGCAAUUUUUGACAGUUUUCUUUGUCUUUUCGUCUUUUCAAUUUGAAAUAGGAGUUUAGUAGGUUGAGAUCCUCAGGACACCAAAAUUAAAACUCUGAGCAAUUUUUGAAAAAUUCCGAAGAGUAUAAUGAAAUUAACUUCUUUCAAAAUUCAUCUCAAAAGGUGCCAUUUUACGAGAUUUUCACCAAAUUUCAGUGCGAAAAAGUGAAGAAACCAUUGAUUUUCGUCGAUUUCCACGGUCAUUCGAUGCGCUACGACACGUUUGUCUUUGGCAGCAACCCGAAUUUAUCGUGGCGGAAAGAAGAUCAAGCCGUUCAGCACCAACAGAACGAGUGCAUCUGGCCGGACAUCAUGCAAAAAGUUUGUGAUUGAAGAAAAAAAGCUUGUCGUUAGAAUUUUUUUAGAAUUUUUCUCCAACUUUUUUUCUAGGUUUUGGUGAUUUUUUAAAAAAAGUAUCGAGUAGUGGGAAAUUUAUAGAAAUCAUCAAGGAAGGUACUAACCGAAAUUUUUUUCAGCUUUAUAAGGAGUUUCGACAAAUUGGAUCAAUUUUUUUAUUCAAAAAAAUUAUUUUUUUGUAAAAAGUUUCUUUAAGGGCUCUCUCAAAUAUGAAAAAAAUUAUUUUUUUGAUCUUUUUUUGGAAAAUGUGGAUUCUUUUUCAAGUCGCUCGAACACGAGCUUAUAUUAAUUAUUAACAAACAAUACUUUAAAAAAAUUAAAAAAAAUCUUUUUUUCAAGCUAGAAAUGAAAAAAAUUUAGUACUUAUCGUCGUAUCGAUCGGCCUUUGCUGAAAAUUUGCGAUUCCGGAUUAAUUUUUUUAUUAGAUACUGAAAGCUAAAGGCUAGGAUUUUCAGAAAAAAAAAGUGAAAAUUUGCCCUUUUUAUAUAAAUUUCAGAAGUAGAACUUCCUUAGUUUAUUUUUUUCAAGCUGUUUUUCCCGACUUUUCUAUUCCAGUUUUGAAAAAUUGUUUCAAGAAGUGAAUUUUUACCUUCAACUUUGAAGCUAUAACCAAGACCUCCUAAUCCAUUCUUGCUACCAAAAAGGUUAGAAGUGAUUUCCAGACUUGUCCCUUGUUUUCCCGGGACAACUGCGAGUUCACAGUCGUCCGGAGCAAGGAAUCCUCGGCGCGGGUCGUCGUGUGGCGCCAGUUCGGCGUCACGGCCUCCUACACCCUCGAAUCGACCUACUGCGGGUUCAGGGGUCGCGAUUUGAAGGGAACUCAGGUCAAUGCAUUUUUCGACAGUCAUAGAAUCUACCGAAAUUUUUAAUUUUUAAAGAAACACGUUCAAAAAUUAUAACUUUAUAUAAGUGCAGCAAACCUUCAGAUAUUCCAUUAAAUUUUCUGAAAGUCGCAGAAAUUACCGAAAUUCAUACAAUUCGUUCAAAAAGUUACUUCUGAACACGUAGAGGACCUUCAUCACCUAAAAUUAUCUUUUCCUCGAGACCUUUUUUUUGAAAUCUACCCAUGCUCCUUUAACACUGCGAAAAAUCCAAAAACUCCUAUAUUUUAGAAAUGCCUUCGAAUUUUGAAUGAACAAUUGAAUUGGCCGAAUUUUCGGCUUUAUCUUUGCUCACUGCGCAGAAAUUUGCUUAUCCACCUUUUUGAAAUAAAAAAAAAUCAAUCAUUUUCAGGCGACAACCAACGAUUUGAAAAAAGUUGGACAAUGUGUCGUCGAAUCAUUUUUAGAGGUAAUUUCCUUCCUCAUUCCCAAUUCAUUCCAAUUUUUUUUUCAGCUUCUGCAAUUUAAAAAUCGUCUGUAA